AUGCACAACGACGAGACACUCUGGCACGUGCUCAAUCACGACUACUGCUCGUACAAGGUAAAGUUGGGACAGGCCAACAUCAAGCAGAACUUCUGCAGGAACCCCCACAAUGUGACGGGCCUGUGCAACAAGGUGUCGUGCCCGCUGGCAAACAGUCAGUACGCCACCGUCAUGGAGGAGGAGGGCGUCAGCUACCUGUACAUGAAGACAGUGGAGCGUGCACACUCGCCGAAGAACCUGUGGGAGAAGGUUAAGCUGUCCAGAAACUACCUGCAGGCGCUCGAGCAGAUAAGCAAGCACCUCGAGUACUGGCCCGACCAUAUGAUUAACCGCUGCAAGCAGCGGCUGACCAAGAUCCGGCAGAUGCUGAUCAGAAUGCGGAAGCUCUCUCUGCGCGAGGGGCCAAGACUUGUGCCGAUCAAGAAGAAGACGGAGAGAAGAGAAAAGGUCCGCGAAGAGAAGGCCGAGGCCGCGGCGAAGGUCGACCUGGCGAUAGAGAAGGAACUUCUGGAGAGGCUGAAGCAGGGCACAUACGGGGAUAUCUACAACUUCCCCCAGAAACGGUUUGAUAGCGUCAUGGACAAGCAGAAACAGAAGGAGGAGGAAGAGGAGCUCGAGGACGAGUCCGAGACGGAGUUCGUGGAGGACCUGGGCGAGGACGACGACGACCUAGACGGAGAGGAGGAGGAGGAGGACGAGCAGGUGGAGCAGGUGGAGCUAGAAGACCUGGAGGCGGACGGGGACCUCCUUCGCGAUCUGGAGGACCUGGGCGACGAUAUUCGGGGGAUGCCCCCGAAGAAGAAGAGGCGCGACAACGCGCCUCGCGUGGAGCUGGAGUACGAGAACGAGAUGGAGACCAGGUGA